AGAGAGCACUGUGGGCCUCCUGGGCCCUCCCAGUGCCCGACUCCGUCCUCGUCCUCGUCCCCGCCCCGGGGGCGGCCCCGCCGCCUGGGAAGGGAUGCGGAUAAGCGGCGUCCCGGUCCUCCCCUCUGGAAAGCCGGACCCAGGACGCGGCGCGGCCGGAACAUCCGGGGGUCUCUCCACUUCUCCCGAGGUUCCGUCCCCUCGGCCUCACUCUGCCCCCGCCCGCUCCCUCCUCCUCCGGGCUUUGCGCCGAGAGCGGUGCUGCACCUGAGCGCCCUUUUCCAGACCCCGCACCUGGCGGCGGCCCCGGGGUUGCGGGAAGGGCGCGAUGGGGGCGCGGGCGGGAGCUGGCGAGGCUUCGGACUCUGCGGGCCACUCGGUUGGACCGUCUACACUCUCCCGGUGCCUGAUCCUCGGGUCAGAUCUGCGGAGGAGCCGCCGCUCCACGAGCCCCUGGGGGUCCCGGCUCUGCGCGCCGCUCCCCGGUUCCCGUCGGACCUCACCCGUGGUCCCCGUUCACGCUCUCGUCCAGGUGUCAGGCGGCCCCGCCGGGUCCCCUGAAAAGGACGCACGACAGGCCCUGCACCCGCUAACCCUGAUCCUGCCCCACCCAAGCGGCUCGCUCUGGAGUUCCUGCCUGGAGCUCCCAUACCAGCUGAAAAUGCGUAUCUCAAAUGCGAGCCCGACUUAGCAGGGAUCUUUGGACUGCCUUGCCCUGUCCCUAAAAUUGGAUCAUGAAGGUACUGGGGAAGAGCCGCCUCUGGAUGUGGCUCCCGUUCCUUCACCUGCUGGCCAGCGGUGCGGAGCACGAAGAGGCGGUGAGACACACCAUCGAGUGGCACCGGGGCCAAGGGGCGGCCGUCACCCAGAGGAGACAGUGGGUCCUGGACGGCUGCAGAAAGCUCUCCGGGCUUCUUCGCCAAAAGGCUGUGGUUCUUAACAAACUCCAAAGUGCAGUCAGAGCAGUGGAAAAAGACGCCAGCCUUUCGGACGAGGAGAAGCUGUUUCAGGUGCACAUGUUUGAAAUUUUCCAGAAAGAGCUGAACGAAAGUGAAAACUCCGUCUUCCAGGCCAUCCACGGACUCCAGAGGGCCCUGCAGGGCGACUACAGGGACGUGGUCAACGUGAAGGAGAGCAGCAGGCAGCGCCUGGAGGCCCUGCGGAAGGCUGCCAUCAAGGAAGAGACAGAAUAUGUGGAACUUCUGGCAGCAGAAAAACAUCAAGUUGAAGCUCUUAAAAACAUGCAGCAUCGGAACAAAAGUUUAUCGCUCCUGGAUGAAAUUCUUGAGGACGUGAGGAAGGCGGCAGACCGUCUGGAGAAGGAGACAGAGGAGCGCGCUUUCGAUGACAAUAAGUCAGUCAGAGGGGUGAACUUUGAGGCAGUUCUGCGGGUGGAAGAGGAAGAGGCCAGCUCCAAGCAGAACCUCACGAAGCGGGAGGUGGAGGAGGACCUGGGCCUGAGCAUGCUCAUCGACUCCCAGAAUAACCAGUACAUCCUGACCAAGCCCAGGGACGCCACCAUCCCGCGGGCAGACCCCCACCUCAUAAAGGACAUCGUCACCAUAGGGAUGUUGUCCUUACCAUGCGGCUGGCUCUGCACAAUGAUAGGACUGCCGACCAUGUUUGGUUACAUCAUCUGCGGCGUGCUCCUGGGGCCCUCCGGACUCAACAGUAUUAAGUCAGUUGUGCAGGUGGAGACGUUAGGAGAAUUUGGCGUGUUCUUUACUCUCUUCCUCGUUGGCUUAGAAUUUUCCCCAGAGAAGCUGAGAAAGGUGUGGAAGAUCUCCCUGCAGGGGCCCUGCUACAUGACUCUGCUCAUGGUGGCCUUCGGCCUGGUCUGGGGCCACCUUCUACAGAUCAGACCCACCCAGAGCGUCUUUAUCUCCACCUGCCUGUCCUUGUCGAGCACACCCCUGGUGUCCAAGUUCCUUGUGGGCAGCACCCGCAGUGACAGGGAAGCAGGCGACAUCGACUACGGCGCGGUGCUGCUGGGGAUGCUGGUGACGCAGGACGUGCAGCUGGGACUGUUCAUCGCCGUCCUGCCCACGCUCAUCCAGGCGGGAGCCGGCGCACACGCCAGCGUCGCCAUGGAGAUCCUGCGGGUCCUGGGCCUGGUCGGGCAGGUCCUCUUCUCGCUUGCUGCGGUUCUCCUCUUCUGUCUUGUCAUGAGGACCUACCUCGUGGGACCGUACUGCCGGAAGCUGCACGCGGAGAGCAAGGGGAACAAGGAGAUCCUCAUCCUGGGAAUCUCCGCUUUCAUCUUCCUCAUGCUGACGGUCACCGAGCUCCUGGACGUGUCCAUGGAGCUGGGCUGCUUCCUGGCCGGAGCCCUGGUGUCCUCCCAGGGUCACGUGGUCGCUGAGGAGGUCGUGUCCUACGUGGAGCCCGUCCGCGACUUCCUGGCCAUCGUGUUCUUCGCGUCCAUAGGCCUUCACGUGUUCCCCACCUUCGUGCUGUACGAGCUCACCGUCCUGCUGGUCCUCACGCUGUCCGUGGUGGUCAUGAAGUUCGUCCUGGCAGCCCUGGUCCUGUCUCUGCUGCUGCCCAAGACCAGCCAGUACGUCAAGUGGAUCGUGGCCGCGGGGCUGGCCCAGGUCAGCGAGUUCUCUCUGGUCCUGGGGAGCCGGGCGCGCAGAGCGCGUGUCAUCUCUCGGGAGGUGUACCUCCUCAUCCUGAGUGUGACCACGCUCAGCCUCCUCCUGGCCCCGCUGCUUUGGCGAGCGGCCGUCACCAGGUGUGCGCCCCGGCCCGAGAGAAGGUCCAGCCUCUGAGGACCGCGGCCAGGCGACCGGCCGGAGCUGUCACCGCCUUCCCGGACCUCAGAGUCUCCCAGAGCCCGCCUCUGCGUGCAGUGAUUAUGCGCCGUCUACGUGUAACUGCGUUUUACAAAUCGCCUUGACUCUUGCCUGGAUGUGCCUUUUCUUCAGAAAUUGAUGUCAACUUUCUAUUGUUAUUUCAUCAGUUCAUGUUUUUUUGGUAAAGAAAAAAUCUAGGAGGCUUUUUUAUUUAUUGUACAACUUGUAAGCCGUUGGUCAAUAUUUGUUAUUAAACGUUUCUGUGACGUGAGCUUUUAA